CCGCCGCCGCCGCCGCCGCUGCCGCCGCCGCCCGCGGGGUGGCUCCCCUGUGAGGGGAGGACCGCGCCGGCCUUCCCUCCCCCCGGAGCGGGCUUCCGCCGGAGACGGCCGACAUGGCCCUGGGGCUGAGCUCCGGCUGACGCCGGGGAGGAGGGGGCCGCCCGCGGACCUUCAGCCCGCCCCAGCCCGCGGCUCCGGCCGGAACCCGGACUCCCCGGCUCCGGACUCGCCGCUGCCUCCCCUGCUUCCCGGCGCCGACGAGCCCGAGCGGGGCCGCGCCGCCCUCCCGCGCCCUCCCGCGCCCUCCCGCCCCCGGCCGAGGCCUGCGGACCGCGGCGGCCCCGGCGCCGGGAGCAGGAAGCCGGCGGCCCGCCCCUGCCACCGCGCUCGCGCCGCCGCGGAGGGGAUUGAAUUGAGGCGCCGCGGCUGCGGGAGGCGACGAGGAAGGAGGAGCCGCCGCGCGAGGGCGUCGGGGGGCAGAGCCGGAGGAAGCGGCGCGGAGGGAUGUCUCCCGGGGCGGCCGGCGCCCCGAGCGGCCGGGGGCUCUGAGCAGCGGCCGGCCUCCCCGACCGACCCCAGCGCGGACUCGGACUUUGCCUCCGGGGGCCCCCCCGUGCCGGUUUCCGGCCCCAGCGCGGAGGAGCCGGCGCGCCUCUCCGCCCCCCGCCGGCCUCCCUCACCAUGUCCAAGAUGCCGGCCAAGAAGAAGAGCUGCUUCCAGAUCACCAGUGUCACCACCGCCCAGGUGGCCACUAGCAUCACGGAGGACACCGAGAGCCUGGACGACCCGGACGAGUCGCGCACGGAGGACGUGUCCUCCGAGAUCUUCGACGUGUCUCGGGCCACCGACUACGGCCCCGAGGAGGUCUGCGAGCGCAGCUCCUCCGAAGAGACGCUCAACAACGUUGGGGAUGCGGAGACUCCCGGGACCGUGUCCCCGAACCUCCUGCUGGACGGACAGCUGGCGGCCGCGGCGGCGGCGGCGGCUCCCGCCAACGGAGGAGGAGCCGCGUCGGCCCGGAGCGUGGCCGGCGCGCUGGCCGGUACCCCGGCGGCCCCCCCGGUGGCGGGGGCACCGGGCGCCCCCCCGGUGGCGGGCUCGUCCGCCGGGCCUGGGACUGCGGCCCCGGCGCAGCCCCCCACCACUUGCAGUUCCCGGUUUCGAGUCAUCAAGCUGGACCACGGGAGCGGGGAGCCCUACCGACGCGGCCGAUGGACGUGCAUGGAAUACUAUGAGCGGGAUUCAGACAGCAGCGUCCUGACCAGGUCCGGGGAUUGCAUUAGGCACAGCAGUACUUUCGACCAGACUGCGGAGCGGGACAGCGGCCUGGGCGCCACCGGAGGGUCGGUGGUGGUGGUGGUGGCCUCCGUGCCGGGGGCGCACGGGCCCGACUCGGGAACUGACAGUUCCCUGACUGCUGUGUCACAGCUACCCCCGUCGGAGAAAAUGAGCCAGCCCGCCCCGGCCCAGCCGCAGAGUUUUGGCGUUGGGCAGCCACAGCCACCGCCGCCCGUAGGUGGGGCUGUGGUUCAAAGCGCGGCUCCGGUGCCGCCGUUCCCGGGAGCCGCGGCCGGGCCCCAGCCAAUGAUCGCGGCCCCGCAGCCAAGCCAGCCCCAGGGAGCCGGCCCCGGCGUCCUCCCGCAGGGCCCCAAUGGACAAGGGCUGCCGCUGACGAAUGUAACCCUGCCGCAGCAGCCGGGCCCCGCGGUCGGCGCCCCUGCGACGCAGCAGCCCCAGCCGUUCGCGUACCCCCAGCCUCAGCUACCGCCCGGGCAUUUGCUGCCAGUCCAGCCCGCGGGGCAGAGUGAGUACCUACAGCAGCACGUGGCCGGCCUGCAGCCGCCAAGCCCCGCGCAGCCCUCGUCCACCGGCGCCGGAGCGAGCCUUCCCGUGGGCGCCGGCCCGACUGCCGCCGCGGUGGGGGCGCAGAUAAUGGGCGUGGCUUCCCUGCCCGGCGAGGCCGUGGCCCCGGGGCCGGGACCCGCGCCCGGCGGACAGGCGGCGCCCGGUCAGCCGGCCGUAGUGCCCCUGGCUGCUCUUGGAUGCGCGGUGCAGCCGGGCCUGGUCCCCCCUGGGACCGUGCAGCCCCAGUCCGUGCCUCCGCCGCAGAUGGGUGGCAGUGGGGCGCCGGCAGCCGUGCCCGGCGGCCCCCACGCCGUUCUACCCGGAGUUCCAAACGUGCCUGCAGCCGCGCCCGCUCCAAGCGUGCCUAGUGCGUCUACCACCUCCAUUACUAUGCCAAAUGUCCCCGCGCCGCUGGCCCAGUCGCAGCAGCUGAGCAGCCAUACGCCCGGCAGCAGGAGCAGCAGCGUAAUCCCGCACGGUGGGCUGCCCUUAGCGCCAGGCACACCCAGUGCACCGACGAGUCUACCGCAGGCUGACCUAAGCCAGUUCCAGACUCAGACCCAGCCUUUGGUCGGGCAAGCCGACGAUACCAGAAGAAAAUCAGAACCCCUACCUCAACCGCCACUUUCUCUCAUUGCUGAAACUAAGCCUGUCGUGAAGCCGCCUGUUGCAGAUGCCCUGGCCAACCCCCUUCAGUUAACACCUAUGAACAGUCUCGCCACCUCUGUGUUCAGCAUAGCUAUUCCCGUGGAUGGCGAUGAAGACAGGAAUCCUUCAACUGCUUUCUACCAAGCGUUCCAUUUGAACACGUUUCAGGAAUCAAAGAACCUCUGGGAUAGUGCAUCUGGGGGAGGUGGUGUUGUAGCCAUUGACAACAAAAUAGAACAAGCAAUGGAUCUGGUGAAAAGCCAUUUGAUGUAUGCAGUAAGAGAAGAAGUGGAAGUUCUAAAGGAACAAAUAAAAGAAUUAGUUGAAAGAAACUCUUUACUUGAACGAGAAAAUGCACUGUUAAAAUCUCUUUCAAACAAUGAUCAAUUAUCCCAACUCCCAGCCCAACAGGCCAAUACUGGUAGCACUUCUCAACAGCAAGCAGUGAUAGCACAGCCUCCGCAGCCAACGCAACCUCCACAGCAGCCGAAUGUCUCCUCAGCAUAAAGCUUUCUUGCCUCAUUAAGAAAAAAAAAAACUGAAAGCAAUCUAUCCUUGUGUGCCACUGGUAUUCUUUCCACUUUAUACGAAAGCAAGUAGCCAUGCUUCGGUUGUGUGUUUGGCCUUUUCAGUAUUAGACAAUCAUUCUACAGGAGCUUUUCCUCCCUUUGAGAUGUCAUGCAGCGCUGUUGAUGUCCAGUUUUAUGUCAUCAGUACACAAGGAGAAUAAUAGAUGGGGUUUAUUAAAGCAAGCAAAGUCUGCAUUUUACCUGGUGCGCAUGAGUGGGGUCUUUUAAGAGCUUUGGUGGCUCUCCCGUUUUUCCUAUUACCCAUGGAUUUACCCUGAGCCUUCCUAUCACAUAAAUAACAGUUCAUCUAAAGAGCCACUUUUCUUUCAAUAUCAGUAACAUUUGCCUAUGUAAGUUUUCAUUUAUUUGUGUUUUAUUUAUUACAGGGCUGCUAUUUUCAUAAUGUACAUGAACAAUGUCACAGAACUUUUUUAAUUUUUUUUUGAAUAAUUAUAAGUAUCAGUAAAGGAUUUGAAAGACAGGAUUGCAUUUAAUAGAUAAAACGUUUAGGCAAUAAUUGAACAAAAGAAUCCUGGCAUAUUUCUAACACUAAUGGCAAUUUACCUUCGGUAUUUAUUUUCAGUAGUAAAGACCCAGCUUGAAUGUAAAUUUUGUAUAGUGUAAGUAUGAAGAACAUAGUGCAACUGUACAGGUAGUCACCAGUUAUUGUGAUAUAAUAAAUAAUUGGGCUAUUUUGAUGAAGAAAACUGUUCAUUUGUUUCUACUUUCUAAUAGAGAAAUUGCCACGAUUCCUCUGCUUUUUGACAUUUCGUAUGACUUUCUUUUUUCGGGUGGGAAUAAAAAGCUGUGAAAUUGUUCAACCUACUUUGUAACCAAAGAAGCAAAGCUGUGUAAUGGAGUUUUUUUUAUAAUGCACAUUCUUUAUGUAUUUUUAUUUAGUGUUUUCUCGGUCACAAUUUUCUUUGCUGUCUAGCAUGAUCUGCAUGAUCUAUAAUCUUUGAACCACUUUCGUACCUCAUGUUUUUAUCCAGCACUCUUAUUGUAAUAUGUACUAGUCUGUGAACAAUGUCAAAUAAAAAAGAACGAACAGGUAGUAUGUUGGAGCUGAGCUAGUGUACUCUACACUAGUUGUUAAAAAAAAAAAAUGAAGUGAGCCAUCUUUUGUUCAUUUAAAAUGGUGUUUUGAAUUUCGUAUGCAGAAAACGUUUUGUUACAUUGCAGAUUUUAAUGUAUUUAAUAAAUGCAACAUGCAGAUUAAGUGCAGUGUAUACUGAGUAUUUAAAUUAAAAUGUACAUUUCAUAAAUACAGUUUCAAGAGAAAGCAUCAUUUUGUGUAUACUAACACAUUAAGUGUAUGUCAGAAAUUGAUGUAUAAAUAUAUAUUUUAACACAUUUUCUGAAAUUAAACUGCAGUUUUGUUGAAA